UGAGGAAAAAUGAAGAACCGCACAAACUCCAAAUCAAAAUCGACGAUAACAUGUUAUCAGAUUCAUUUUGUUCUUGUAAAGCCGGUUUGAAUGGACAUUGUUCCCAUAUAGUUGGAUUCCUCAAGACACUCCAGGGAUUUAAACUUCACAAUUUCACACAUGUACCAGACCAACAAAGCUGUACUAGCAUACCACAGCAGUGGCAUGUACCAAGGGGUGACAAAAUUCAGCCAGUGCCAUUGAACCAUGUUGUAGUAGCAAGGCCUGUUGAAAAUAGGAAAAGACGUCCUGUUUUGUGUCACAUUGAGCCAGACUGUGUAUUACCAAAGAUAACCCAUCAAGACAUCAACAUCCUCAAAAACAUGAAAGGGACCCCAUUAGCCUAUAUUGCUUCAGUGGAUGUUCCAAAAGUAGAUACACCAUUAGGAGAAGUGCAACUUGGCUCAUAUCUAUCUUAUCAGGUAAAAAUCUGUGUGAUAUCGCAUUACAUUUCGACAACAAGUUCUCAUCAGCUUUUGGCCAAAAAAUGGCAAAAUAGGGGUUAAAAAAUCACUGUAUACAAUAAAGCAUUUUUCACUUCUAUAUAUACA